UUCCAAUACCAUAUUCUCAUUAAAGUAACUUGGUUCAGUAAUAGCUGAUAUAUUAAAAUGAUUUGGUAUUUUCCAGGUUCUCACUCUUUGUGGAUGCUUUUGACUUACGUUGAUGAAAAAACACCAUUUUCUUUUUUUAACGGCACACUCAUGUUGGAUGACAUAACCGUAGGAUACAUUGAUUCGGAGAAAUUUACCUUCAUUCCCAGAGGAAAUACUAUAAAUGAAAAUGACGUGGUGAAUUCAGAUAACCUCAAUGUCAUAAUAGAAUAUAUGUUGGAUUACAUUGCUCCACAAAUAUUGUCAAAUGAAAUCAAAACAAUGAGUAUUUACACCCAAACAGAAAGCCCUAAGGUUUUUCAGGCUAUAGCUCUUUGUGAAGUGGGGGAAAAUGGCAAGCCCGGGCAAAUGAUAUUUGCCAUUGCUUUUAGAGGCUGCACUAUAGAAAAACAGCAUUUUCUUGACAAUAUGUUUACAUGUCAGGGUAUCAGGCACGAAAAAAUGAAACGACACAGGCCGGAAGUGAAUGGUGCCAUGCUCGAUUAUGCCUCCAAAUACUAUCCAACCUGCAUCACACUGCUCAAGAAUUACCUUAAGAAAAGAGAUACUCAGAUAAAUAGAACAGUGAAACCCAGAAUUAGUCUCAUACAGAAAGCAAACCCAGAUUGUGGAGGGUCUCGGGUGAUGUGUCUGGCAACAGGAUUUUACCCUCGACACAUUAAUCUGACCCUGUUCAGAGAUGGACAGCCUGUAUCUGAUGAUGAGAUCACUGGAGGAGAUCUGCUGCCCAAUGAUGAUGGGACGUACCAGAUGAGGAAGACUCUGGAGAUCAGUGAAGAAGAACAGAGAGAGAAACACAAAUAUACCUGCACUGCCACACAUCUCAGUCUGGACAACAAACUGGACUUCAAACUAGACUAUCCGGGAAGAACAUUGACAUCAGACCCAGAUUCAGUGCUUUGUGUUUUUAUAAUCUCACACAUUGUCUGUAUUGUGUGCAUUAUAAUUGUAUAUUAUUCUCAAUCGCGUGCAGGGUUUUGGAUAUGUAUUGGAUUUUGUGUAAUACUGCUCAUUUCUCAGCUUCCUGCUAAUCAGCUUCUGUUCAAAGCACUGUAUAAAAUUUACACAACAUCAUGGGAUUAAAGUGGGAAACAUGAAGAAGUGGAGAGUUUUUCCAAAGUAAUUCCGAAGAUUUUCUAAGUAAUAGACUCCUGAGGCCUUGAUCCUGAAAAAAGCAUCUGUAUUUUACUGCAAUAACUGACAUGUAUUCACAGUCAUCAUAAUUAGCCAUAAUGUCACAACAUCUAUUGAGACCACAUACAGAUUGAUAUGCCUACAUUUCUAAUUCUUUCCAUUCAUGUUUUAGUUCACUUCUUGAUGUCAUUUGCAACCUUUCUUGCUGAUAUUUGCUAUUAGGAUUGAAAAUUAAGUUCUGGUCUUUGUCCUUGCUGGUCUUUCUUUAAUACUGAUCUGUAUUCCCCAACACUAACUUUUUCAGAAUAAUCAAACUAUAGAAUGGAUCUUAAGGUUUAUUAAAGUAUGAAAAUGCACUUUAGAUUUAAAGAUGUAAUUGACUAUGCCUGCUAUUAAAUUUACACUUGUGAAAAAAUAUAUAUCUUUAAUGCAACUGAUUAA